AUGCAGGCAUCCAAGAGAUCGCGUUCGGGUCGUCUAACCCACAAGAAGCGCGUUCGUAGUAAGCUGGCCAUCGCUAGGCUGUAUUACUGUGCUGUACUUCCUUUACUGCUCAGGGACAAAUCCAUUGACGAACUCAAACCACGGGAGGAAGUGAUCGCUGGGGUGAGACGGGCGCUGGCAGCGAUAUUGUCUUUUGAAGCAGCAGAAAAGUCCAGUGAGGAAUUGGAUCAAUUGGUCAAGGCGUUUAUGGUCGUCUAUGACGACGUCCAUAGCGACUUGAGGAGCCCGGAGCCGAAUCCGAAGCCGUACGAUGUUCUCGAUGACAUCUUUCAAGUUGGGCGGGAUCUUCCGCCAGAACUCGCACGUCUCGUGCCGUGUCGCAAGUAUCUGGAUCUUGCUUGGCACUUUAUCCCUUUGGAGAAAACUCGUCUCUGGAAACUGCAUCGGAAACCCCGACGGGGAGAGUACUCAACAGAAGAUUGCAAAGCAGUCCAGGCAACUAUGAUCGAAAAGGCAUCAAGGUAG